GAAUGGGGGAGGGGAGGUGCUAAUUUGGUGAAGAUACGGUUAAACAGAAUGGAUGGAAAGGGAAAGAAAUUAGAAAAACCUUCAAUUAACUGUAAUGCACAAGGCUCAAGUGAUACUAGGAUAAAACGUGUGCUUGAAGCAAACAAUGAAGGUUUCCGCCCUAAAAGAGCUGCUCUCCCAGUGGAAGAACCAAACAAGUGUUAUUUAUUGCGAGAAUUCACUGCCGAGAGAUCAUCCAUUGAGAAAGGAAUGCUGGAUGUUGAUCGACUCAUUCUUAAACUUUUAACUUCUGGCACUUUGGACUUUGUCUCCUUGAACAAUAUUACUCGACAUCCCGUUAGAAAUGACAGGACUCGAGCUCUGCUGGACCACUUUUUACAAAUAAAUAACAAUGGCAUAUUAAGGCAGUUUGUUUCUCAUAUGCGGGACCCGGUGAUACUAAAUGCAGAAGCACUGAACUGGGCUGAGUAUAUGCAAGGAUGCAGUGACAGCUGCUGUAUGUUCUUCAUUAAGAAAUAUGCUGAUGUUUUUAAAUAUGUCUUGGAGGAAUACGGUGUGGAGCGCUUUGCAGAAUAUUUCGUGAAAUCAGGAAUGCUGAAAGAAUCGGAGAGCAACGAUUUGUGCAAGUAUGGCCAAAAGGAGGGAGCAGAACGUUUUAUGCACAUCUUAUUCACCAAAAAAACCAUUUUGUGUGUAGCGGACAUGUGGUUUACAUUAGUGGAACAUCAGAAUGACCUUCCUUAUCUGGGACCAUACAUCAACAGUUUCCUGAAAGCAUUUGAUGAACAAACUGGACCCUUCUGUCCACAAUUUGACCCUGAACUGCCAAUCAAACCACUGUUAAUAAAAAAUUGCUAUGUCAAUGUCUAUCGCCUGCUUCAUUUAAUACAUGUGGAAGGCACGGAGGCUGUUCGGAGUAUUUUUGAUGCACACAUAUCUCCAGAGGAAUUGAAUGAAGAAGUUACAAAGAAUAAAGUCUUAAUCAAGAAUCGGUUAGAGGGAGCAGAUUUUAGCAAUGUCCGAAAAAGAUGGAUGAAUAUUAUUUAUUCAACGGAGAAAUCAAAAACUCUGCAUUUUACUUUGCCGAUCUUUCAGUUUCUCGCUGUGUUUAUGAAGAAGUUUCCCCGGCCCAAAAAAGGUUGGACUGGGAGGCUUGCAAAAUCUGAUGCAUCCCCAGGAGCUUAUUUGCGACGCAUCUGCGAAAUGCGAGAUCACCUUUUGAAAGAGAUUUUCCACACAGAUCUGACAUACAAAAAAUUUGACCAAAUAUGGAAUGAAGCUGCAGAUAUACUUGUUCAUCUUGGCAUUGAUGAUAAGCGGCUCCAAGAACUUCGCUUGCAGCCAAUGAACGUUAUCUUCAUCGACAGGCGAUACAUGGAGAAAUACUUUAACAAACCACUGUCCCAGCUUUUGGAAGAACUUAUUGUUAGACAUCACAGAGGUAUCAAUUCAAUCUGUGCUUGUUCUUUGGCAGAGGAUCAAUGUGCGGGGCAUGAAACCCAAAAGCAUGGGCUAAAAUUGGUUGAUACUACCGAAGAGCAAAAGGAAAAGGAGACCUCAGAGGAUGAGUUUGCAAAACCUGUUCCUGUAACAGUAGACUCAAAAUCAAAGAAAAGACGGAAAAAGUCAAGAGGCAAAAAGAGUAAAAAGACAGAAGCUGCUGCCCUGGCAACUUUCCAGGAAGCUGAAAUGCUCAAGGAAUUAAAAAGUUCCGUGACUCAGAAUAGUGAAAUGCUUGAGGAACAAAAUCAAGAACUUAUGCUGGAGUCUGAAGCUACAGCAGCUGCUGAAUCCUGUGACUUCAACAGUAGAAGUGAAGAUGAACCUGAAAAAGAAAGAAGUCAGGUGAAGAUUUUGAAUGGAAUGGUUGAUGUUUGUGUCAACACUGACGAUAUUGAUUUCAAGGAGUCUUUCAAGAGGAUAGAGGAAGAAAGGAAUAGAUUAACACAUACCAUUGAAGACCUACGUGACAGCUGCAAACAAAUAGAAAAUGAAAGCCAUCUUGAAAUUAAAGCAUGGAAACAGAAAAUCCAUGAAAAGGAGAAGUUGUGUGAGAACCUCCAGCAAGAAAUUCUAGCUAUCCAUCUUCAACUCCAGGAGGAAUCUUGCAAAAUAAUCAAGGAAGAGAAAACUCAUCAGAUGCAGUUAAUGAAAGUCAAAGAACAAAUUAGAAUCAAAAGAUCUCAAUUUGAAAGAAAUGAAAAUUCAAUUAAGAGCAAGAAUGAGGAAAUUGUAAAAUUAAAACAAGAAUUGCAAAAGGAACUAGAACAUUGGAGCCAUGAAAAGAUGCAGCUGGAGGGAGAGAUUGCAAUUGCGCAGCAAACUGAAAAUGAAAAUGUAAGGAAGGCAAUCAGUCAGGAGAGUCUUUUGCUAGAAAUGCGCAGGGAUUUCUUACUCAGGAACCUAGAGGAUGCCUUGCUGGAGGCAGAACACCAGCUGAGUAUGCUUGCAGAUGAGAUGAGGAGACAGUUCACUGACCCAACACAAAUUCGGACUGCUGUAAACAAGUGGGAAAGUGUUGCUGCUGAUCUCAGAAACAAAAUUGAAUACACAAAGAUAAACUUCAAUAGCCACAUCUAUCUGAUCAAAAAUGGAGCCAAACUGAGUAAUCUGCCUACGCUCAGCAACCCUGAACCACCUACCUCACUUGCUUUGCAUGUUCUGAAAUCUCAAAGGAAAGCAAGCUCUCAGUAUUUACCAGAGUCUCAGCCUUCUCUACAAUUGCAUGAUGUAACCACAACCGCUACCGCAGCCACUGGACCGUCCAAUAUCUUACAAGGUUAUAGAAACAGGUCAGAAUUAAGCAGUUUAGUUGAUCAAGGGCAAACUGAACAGAAAAUGUGGACAAGACUUGAAAAUCACAAGGCCUGUAAGCAGUUGAUGCAGCAGCAGAGUUUUGAGGAAGACCCUUGUGUCAUUUGCCAUGAGGAAUUAGUUCCCCCGAAGGAUUGCUAUGAACUGGAAUGUAAACAUAUUUUCCACAAAAAGUGUAUUGAUUACUGGCUGAAGGAACAAAGCACAUGCCCUAUUUGCAGGAUUCUUGUGCUAAAGCCAGAGGACUAUCCACAGCUUUCCAAAAAAUAAGAUCCUUUCUUAAAGUAACAUUAGACAAAUUGGACUUUUAAGCAAGAAAAUAGAAAUUAGAUUGUGGCAUUACCUGUAUUUGAAAUGAAC